AUUUCAUUUAAUUUUAAAACAAAGUAAGUAUGUAGAGAUUUUUGCCUUUCCUAAAAUCUGAAAAGCUGGAAAGUGAGUAUAAAAAAAUAUAAAAUUAGCAAAUCCGAAAUUUUUUCUUCUUUCUUUGUAUAGUCGAAAUAGCGAACUAUAGUUAUGGCUUUGUAAGAUUAAUUAAAUAAGGAGUCGUUAGCUCAAGAUUACUAUCGUCAUUUAUAACCAUAACUUUAAGCUAUUUAAUCAUCUUAUCUUUAGUUUAUAGGAAGCACAACCUUGGGAUAUAUUUGAUGCCUCUUCUUGCAUGUUCUAAACCUGUUUUAAGAUGGAUUAAUAAUACUGAUAGCUUAACGAUGAGCGAUUCUUAAUAGUACUUAACAGGGAUAAUUAAUAUUCUAGAAUUCCUUCUCCAUCUUUAAUCUCCAAAUUACUUUUAUAAAUUCUUCUGUAUUUUGUGCUAUAUUUCAUAGGAUAUUGCUUUUAAUACUAGCUAAAACAAAGAAAGUCCAGUUUAUAUUGCCCUAGCUUGUGUAUUUUCUACAUAUUUAAUUCACCUUUACUUGACUGAUAUGAAAUCAAGGUAGGUAUUUCUUGAUAAUCAAAAACUAUUUAUGUGGCAUUAGCUUAUUGAUAAGCAAAGUAAAUCUAACUUUUUUAUCGCUAAAAAUGUAAAAAAAAAGUCGCAUUUAAAUUCUUAUGAUGAUAAAAUUUAAGUUUAGAUGUAUUUUAUCAAUAAAUAAGCAUCUCAAACAUUUUAAUGUAAUACACAAGAAAAGUUUAAUGCUUUUUUAGAGAGAAUAAUUAUUUAAGAAGAGGAAGACAUGAUUGAUGACUUACUAAAAAGUAGGUCAGUUAGUGAAAAAGCUAGUUCAAAUAUUUUAAUAAAUAGAUAUAAGAGCUCAUCAAAUAAAAGAACUUUACUCUAAAUUUGCUAGCAGAUGAUAGAAUUAAACCAGAAAUAAAUUUUUAACAAUUCUCUUUCGCAUAUCUCCCCUGUACAAGAGUUUAUAGGAACAAUAGUCCCAGAAAAGUCAAACUAGACGUAGAAUUAAAUUAUUUUAGAAGGUCAUCAAAAUUAGAGUGAAAGUGAAAAGAGUUAGAAGACUGAAUUUAAAUCUUAGAUUAUAUAAAUUAAAUUAUUUUACUACAAUUUAUCAGAGGAUUAUAUUAUCAUUUAGAUAGACGAAGAAGACUACAAGAUAAAAGCUAAGAAGUAAAAAGAAGAGUAAAAGUUGGCCCUUUCUUUUAGAGACAAUUUAACUUACUUCAUGAAAGAAUAAAUUGAAUUCAUUCUACAAUCAAUAAAAGAUGAAUUUGAUAAAUUUAAAUAGAUGGAAAAUUAUAAAUUAAUAAUGACUAAUCUUUAUAGAAUGAAACAGAGUUAGUAAAAUAUAAUUGUUGCAUUAACAGAUAUUAGCAAUUUAAUACCCUACUAAGUGUAAAAAGUUAACUUAAAAAUGUUAAUCUCUUCUUUGCUGAACUUAUUCUCUAACGAAUUCUCUAACUAAUCUUCUUUUCCUCAAGAGAUUUUCAAUUAUAAGCUGUAAAACGAGAAUAUUCAAUCAUAAUAUUAUUGGCUGAAUCAUAUUUUUUUCAAUUUAAUGCAAAAUUGUAAGCAGCACGGUUUGAAGGAUGGAUAAAUAUAAAUUUAAGUUUAAGAAGAUUAGUACGAUGAUAAUUUAAUUAAUAUAGACAUUAUAAAUGAAUUAAAUUCUUUUAAUCUUGAGCAGCAACUGCUUUAGAUUGAAGAAAUGAUGAGAAUUUAAACGUAAGAUGAUUUAUUUAAAUUUUUUUAUUAGAAACAAAUAGCUGUUUAUAAUAACAUAUCUUAAAAUUUGCUAAAAAAAUAAUUCAAAACCAACUCAGCUGCCUUGAGUCCUCAAGUCAAUCCUAAAGAUAUGCUUAAGAGUUAGCUGAGGUAUACCCUUGGAAUUUAUGUCAGCCGACUUGCUUUAAAGAGAGUAGGACCAACUGGGUUAAUUAAUUUUUCUGUUUCAGACUUCUAAAAUAAACAAUCUCUUAUAGCUUCAUUUCAAAUUUACAAAGACAUUUCACUGAUGCAUUAAAAAGAAAAAGAAAAUUUUACUUAACUAUUUGGUAGAAAUUCUAUUUUGGUGAAUAAGGAUUUGUAGCAAGCCUAUACGAGUUAUAUUAUUUAACAGUUCGUAACAAAUAAUAACAUCUCCACAACUAGAUAUGAAGAUAAUACUCUCCUUACUUAACCUGAAGGCAAGAAACAAGAGUUUAAAUAGUAAAAAAUAGAUGAGUAUCUCUCUUUAAAAUAAAAGGAUUUUCAAACAAAUAAUAAUCAAUAAUUAAAGAAAUGGAUAAGUAAUAUCAACGAAGAAGAUGAAGGAGAAGAAAAUAAAAACUAAAUUGAUAAUGCCUUUGUGCAGAAUAAGAUGGACGAUGAAGAAGAAAUUAAUCCUUUGAAUUAAUAUAAUAACUCAUCAUCUAUGAACGCUAUUUAAAAUCAAGCUAACAUGAAAACAAGCUUGACUUAAAAUAGAAACAAAAGUUUAUUCUUUAGAGAUGUCAUUUAAUCAGAGAAAAUUCUUGAAAAAAGUAAUGAAGAAGGUUUAAUUUUAGAUUCUGCAUUAGGAAAUGAUACUGUAAACAAUAAAAAUUCUUUGACAUAAAGUGGUUUAGUAGGUGAGUUUUACGAAAACUCUGAUAUGAAAAGAAGCUAAAUUAAAGAAUAAUAGCAUUAUAAAUUUAAAUAGAAUAAAAAUUAAAGUAUUUUAGACACAAUUGCUGAUGAAUAAAUUGAUUAAGGGGCAAUUACAAAAAUAGGAUCAUAGCUCAUUACAAACAGAGAGAGUGUUAUAAGUAAAAAUCUAUUUAAUGGCAAAGUUACUUACAGAAGUAAUGCAGCUGAGAUAUGCUAAGUAGAAAACUAAGCUAACUUACAAACACCUACUAUUUAUGGAUAAGAAAAAUAGCCUUUCAUUCUCGAUAUAGGCGAAAUAUCUUUAUUAAAUAAAGAUUAUUGAUUGUAAUUUGUAUUUUAAGCUUUAUUGUAAUUAUCAUAACGUUACUUAAAAUUGAUUUAAUCAAGCAAAUCUUUGUUAUAUUUUAACUACACUAAUGCAUAAAAAUCUAUAGUAUUAGUAAAUUUUAAAAAACAA